AUGUCAACUCAAAUUGGGCGUGAGGACACGAUCGGUGGCACCGACGUAUAUGUCUCAGAGCCCGAGUCAAAAUCCACCGCCAAGUCCAUCGUCUUCAUCACCGACAUCUUCGGCUGGAAGUUCAAGAAUGUUCGCUUGCUGGCCGACAAUUACGCCAAAGCCGGCUUCUACUGCUACAUCCCGGAUGUGAGAGAGCAGGCAGGCAUCAUCGAUAAAACCAAAGGCACGGUUGAUGUCAUGGCCACACUGGGUCCGUGGCUUGCGAAGCAUCGCGAAGGAGUUUCGGAGCCCAUCAUCAGUGGAUUCAUCAACACUGUGAGGCAGAUUCCAGGAACUCAGAAAGUUGGCGCCAUCGGCUUCUGCUGGGGCGGCAGGUAUGCCAUCCUUCAAGCCCACAGUCCACGAGAGGAGGGCAACGUCGGUGGUGUGGACGCCGCGUAUGCCUGUCACCCGUCUUUACUGAGCGUCCCAAGCGACUUCGAAAAGGUCAACAAGCCGCUCAGUAUCGCUGUUGGCACCAAAGAUAGUCUAAUGGACCAGAAGACCAACGAACAGAUCAAGACAUAUCUUGAUACUGAGAGGAAGGAUGUCCCGACCGAUAUUCGGUACUAUGAAGACCAGGUCCACGGUUUUGCGCUCCGAGGUGACUGGAGUUCCGACAAAGACAAGAGAGCCAUGGAUGACGCCGAGAAGCAAGGCAUCCAGUUCUUCAACAAGUACUUGGCUUGA